CGGACCUGAUUGCAACCACUGACCCAGCAGAAGGAGGACAGCCUCGGAGAAUGUGUUGAGCCAUGGCCAUGACGCCCACUUGGUCUCCGAGGGGUGACCAUCGAUCAUGGCAGGUGACGGAGCCCGUUGCACCCGUGGAUGGAGGCCAUUCCAAUGCGCCUGGCUCACCACCACCAGUGGCAAGGAUUACAAUGCCUCCGAUGGUAGCGUACACCAGCAAGGUGAUCCUGCAAGAUGAUCGCACUCAGCAACGUUUGGCAAUGUUGGAGCAGAAAUGCCGCGCACAAGAGGUGAUGCUGGCUGAGAAGGACGCCCAACUUCAGAUCAGCGAGGCCGGUGAACCCAACUCCCAGCUGCGGAUGAUCACGCUUGAGCAGCAACUGAAGGCGGCAGAGGUGAUGCUGGCCGAGAAAGAUGGUCAGAUUGAGAAGCUCACUGAGUUGGUGGAGGUGGCUAAAAGCUCCAUGCACGAGCUGGGCACUGAAGCUGACCGAGAAAGUCAAGAGUUGCAGAACGAACUGCAAGCGGCCAAGGCAGAGCUGGAGGAUGCCACCUGUCGCCUGGAGGAGGCCGAGGACGUGAAACAAAGGCUGAAGGAGUGUGAGAACAUGUGUGAAGCUUUUCGCAACAGCCCUUCGGGGACUGAUGGUGUCAUGAUGGAGGUACUGACGCUCCGUGCUGAAGCCAGUCGACUGGUGGAACAGCAGGAGGAGCUGCAACGCCAGCACACUCUCAGCGGACAGCGCUUGCGCAGCGAUCUGGAUGCCUUGAAGAACGUCAUGAAAGACGAGGGCUUGGAUUUGUCAAGCUUCAAGGAGAUGGAUGGUGGGAUAGACGUGGAGCAUCUUCGGGAAAGCCUCCAGAAGUGCGAGGAGGCUUUAGAGGCGGAGAAGAGAGCAAAGGAACACUCUCAGGAGUCUCUACACCAGUGCAAAGAGGUAGCUGCUCGGUUGAUGGCAGAGCGGGACACCACGCAGGGCCAGCUCGAGGAGCUCACCCAUCUCGCUGGCGCCUUCAAGAAACAAGCAGAGGGAGAAAUCUCCGAACACCGGUGGUUCCGCCUGGUGACACAGCUCACGCGUCAGGGUGACUUGGAGGCUUCCCAGAGCCUCAAGGAGAGCUGGUGCCAUGGCUUCCGGAAGUGGCAGUCCUUUGCUGAUACCUUAGCAGAGAAGAUCAACCACCGCCCGACGGCAGUAUUUGCUCAGGAGAUUGCCACCAGUUGUUCAAAGGGCGACAAAGCGCUGCAAGCCCUUGAGGAGAAGUGGCUGAGCCAGGGUAAGCAGCUGAGCUCCUUUGCCGAACUUGCUAUGACAAAGCUCCAGCAAGCGGAAGAGAGCUGGGAGGCUCAGCUACGGGAGGAGCGGCGUUUGCGACAGCUUGCAGAGGCGAGAUGUCGACAGUCUGGCGAUGAGCAAGAUCCAGAGGCGACUCCACUCGACAAGGGCAAGGUGGAUGAUCUCCUCAUGUCCUUGGAAGCCGAACGGAAGGAGGUUGCAAGGCUUCGGGAGAAGCUCUCUGAGGCAGAGCAAACGAUUGGGCAGUUGGUGGUACAAAGCAUCGAAGCGCCGUCUGCAAAGGCCAAAAAGCCAGGAAGCUUGCGCAGCCGUACUCGAUCCUCUUUGAUGUGAGGCCAGAGGUGCCCACCACAGCGCUUUGGGAACGUGCGGUGCUCACUGAUUGGCCAAAGCGAGCCACAAGAGCUGACGAUGGACUGAAUGCCAAAACAUGUCUGGCCAUUCGUGUUUACCAACAAAGUGACUGCCACUCCACAGAGGCCAGAAUGAUAUACAACAAGAAGCGACGCUUUGGAAGCGUUUUGAUUGUUGAUCACCCUUGUAGAGGGGCAAGUACAUGUCGGGGCCCGAUUCGGGUUUCUUAAGACACCUUCCAGAAAACCAAGCAUUUGCUUGGGACCCUGAUGCGUCGAUGCAAGCAAGUGCGGAGGAAAGAACGAACAGGGCUGCUGCAGACUUUUCCACAAGACACUGCGCACACACGAUACUAUAUACUAUACACUGGGUUGACAGCGGUUGGAUGUCGGGUACAAUUCUAUCAGACACUUUCACAGCACUGCCAAGUUCAGCUGGAGCUUGCAUGCUGUAAAGAUGAUCAACCAGAGAGUUCCGGGCAAGCCCAACGCGGCAUGACAGAUGGAUCAGAUGGAAACGGGUUUAUGCAACGCAGGGA